UAUUGGAAUUUGUUGGAAGAGACUAAUUUUCGUCAAAUUUCCCAAAGUGUAUCCUACAGUUUUUUAUGGUUUUGGCGCCGCCAUUGAAGGCAAUUGGAAGACGGAUGGUUCGUAGGAGCUCGUCUGUUCAUGAACGUAACGACGGAGUCUUCCAGAAAUCGAAUUCCGAAUUUAUAAUCAUAGCAGGAUCAAAAUCAGCUGCCCACCGUCUAAGAAUAUCCGUUUGAUUUCAUUCAUUUUUUAUCUCAAUCUCAGCUGACUUUUGUUCCGCGUAUUCCUGCUGCUUCAUUCACGUGUGUCCCUCGUUCUUGCCACUCCAAAACGCCACAGAACUUCAGUUUUUCCACUUUGAGGUUAUUUCAUUUCAUCGGAUCAGCUGAAGGUUCUCAUGUAGAUUGUUAUUGUUAUGCAUAUGUAUUGAAUGAUGGUUUUUCAUUGAAUUUUGGACUAGACCUAUGCGAGAGUAAGAGAGGUUGAUGUGAAAUGGAAGAUAGAUAUGGCGUGGUCAUGAGUAUUUUUCCACGAGAUAUGCUCGUGGGGUUGUGAAUGUGAGUUUACGGGUCGAGUUUUAUGUUUGGAAUUGGAAAUGGGGCAGAGUUCGAAGAAGAAACGGCGUGGUGGGGGAAGGGAUGGGAAGAGGAGCAAGGGAAGGACGCCACUGACUGAUUACUCAUUCAGUGGUGAAGAGAGCGACCUUAUCACAGAAGAGAUGACUGCCUUGUGUGCGAUCUUUCAAGAAGACUGCAAAGUUGUCACUGGUCCAUCCCCUCAAGUUACCAUCAAACUUAAACCAUAUUCAAAUGACAUGGGGUUCGAAGAUCGAGAUGUAUCUGCUCUUUUUUCGGUGAAGUACUUGCCUGGAUACCCAUACAAAUGCCCAAAGUUGCUUAUAACCCCAGAGAGAGGUUUGGCAAAAGGUGACACUGAAAAGCUGCUUUCUCUUCUCCACGAACAGGCUAAUUAUAAUGCUCGAGAUGGAAGGAUCAUGAUCUUCAAUUUGGCAGAGGCUGCUCAGGAAUUCUUGUCAGAAAUAGUAACUAUAGGAGAAUCAAAUGAAUCAGCUGUCCGUUCUCAUACAGCUAGCACUUCUCAACUGCUUCCAGAAAAGACAACUUCAAAUGAGAAGAAAGGACCUUAUGUUUAUGGCUAUAUAGACCUCUUCAGUGGUUCUGGGGAGUUGUGGAGCUGGAGCUUUGACAUGGACGAGAAGCUCAACUCCCUAGCACAACCUCUUGUAGCAGAUAGCUUGAAACUAGGAGCAGUUCAAGAAAAAAAGCUUGAUAAAGUUCAAAACUUAUUAGCUCGACAAAAUUCAAAACGAGGUGAAUUAUUGUCUCCUUCCUCUAACCUAGGUACCCUCGAAGAAGAAACUGAAGGUGACAGUCAGAGCAAAAGUUCUUCAAAUUCAAGAAGAUCAUUAAUUGUACAGAGGAAUGAAGAUGGUAAUGAAGGUGAGAUGCAGCAUGAAGUUCUUAUACCCGGACUAGAUUCUAUUCUCACAUCUGAUGUUGCUGAAGGUGAUGAUCAUGGAUCUGAAAGUGAGGCUUCAGAGUGGUCUUUUGCUUCUUUUAGUAAUGAACAGGAGUCCCAAACCACUGAUAGGGAUAUAAUGAUGGUUCAUCUGCUCCAUCUUGCAUGUGCCCCUAAAGGACCAUUGGCUGAUGCUCUGCCAAAAUUGGCAUCUGAACUUUGCAAUCUGGGGGUCCUGUCAAAAGCGGCUUUGGAUUUAGCUUCUAAGCCAUCUUCCACGUUUCAUAAAAAAUUUAAGACUGCUUUCCAGGAACAGAUGAAUGCUACUAGUUUCUCCCAGUUUUGGACUUCUGAUUUUGGUGGCUCAGCAUCUUCUCAACUGAGUUCUCGCUAUCUCAACGAUUUUGAGGAGCUAAAGCCCCUUGGUCAUGGUGGUUUUGGACAUGUGGUAUUGUGCAAGAAUAAAUUAGAUGGUCGACAUUAUGCUGUGAAAAAAAUUCGCCUCAAGGACAAAAUAUUACCUGUCAAUGAUCGCAUCUUAAGGGAGGUGGCCACUCUUUCCCGUUUGCAACAUCAACAUGUUGUUCGGUAUUAUCAGGCAUGGUAUGAGAGUGGUGUUUCUGAUUCUUAUGGUGAGGCGGCUUGGGGUUCGAUGACUCCAUUGAGUUCUACUUUCAGCUAUAAAGGUGCGAGUGCGACUGAUGCAGAGCAUGAGAAUAAGACGGAAUCAACAUAUCUCUAUAUCCAAAUGGAAUAUUGCCCUAGGACUCUUCGCCAGGAUUUUGAGUCAUAUACUCGUUUUGAUAAAGAAUUGGCAUGGCAUUUAUUCCAUCAAAUUGUGGAAGGUCUGGCACAUAUACACGGACAAGGGAUCAUUCAUCGAGAUUUAACUCCAAGUAACAUAUUCUUUGAUGCCCGCAAUGAUAUCAAAAUCGGGGAUUUUGGUCUUGCCAAGUUCUUGAAGCUGGAGCAAUUAGAUCAGGAUGUAGGUGUUCCUCUCGAUACAACUGGAGUUUCAAUUGAUGGUACUGGUCAAGUUGGGACCUACUUUUACACAGCCCCUGAAAUUGAACAAGGAUGGCCAAAGAUUGAUGAAAAAGCUGAUAUGUACAGUUUAGGGAUUGUGUUUUUUGAACUCUGGCAUCCUUUUGCAACUGCGAUGGAAAGACACCUCGUUCUAUCUGAUUUAAAGCAGAAAGGAGAACUUCCAACUGUGUGGGUCGCUGAAUUUUCUGAACAAGCAUCCUUAUUACGACGUUUAAUGUCUCAGAGUCCAUCUGAGCGUCCUUCAGCCUCGGAACUUCUCCAGCAUGCCUUUCCUCCAAGGAUGGAGUACCAAUUGUUAGAUAACAUUCUACGGACAAUGAAAUCAUCGGAGGACUCAAGUAUAUAUGACAGAGUUGUUAAUGCUAUUUUUGAUGAAGAGUCAUUAGUUAUGAAAGAUGACAGACAUGAUUGUGGUACUGCCACUAUUCAGUACACAGAUUUGGGCACUGAAGUUCGUGAUCAUGUUAUUGAUGCCACAAGGGAGAUGUUCAGGCUGCAUUGUGCAAAGCAUUUAGAAAUGAGUUCUAUGUAUUUGUUGGAUAGCUCUACGCAAAUCAAUAGGAACACGGUCAAACUUUUGAGCCACGGAGGAGAUAUACUUGAACUUUGUCACGAGCUGCGUUUACCUUUUCUUAAUUGGCUUGUCUUCAGUCAGAAAUCUUCAUUUAAACGAUAUGAUAUAUCGUAUGUCUAUAGAAGAGCAAUUGGACAUUCACCUCCAAACCGAUACCUUCAGGGUGAUUUUGAUAUCAUUGGGGGUACAUCGGCUUUGACUGAGGCAGAAGUUAUCAAGGUGACUGUGGACAUUAUUUCAUAUUUUUUUAAUUCAGAUUCUUGUGAUAUACACUUAAAUCAUGGAGAUCUGUUAAAUGCUAUUUGGUCGUGGGUUGGUGUUAAGGCAGAACAUAGACAUAAAGUGGCAGAGCUGCUUUCUAUGAUGGUAUCCUUGCGCCCUCAAUCUUCUGAGAGGAAAUCAAAGUGGGUUGUGAUAAGGCGCCAACUAUUACAGGUGGGCCCCGCCGCAGCAGUUAUAUUGACAGGGGAAGUUACAGCAGCAACAGCAACAAUUAUAUUGAUAGGGGAAGUUACAGCAGCAACAGCAACAAUUAUAUUGAUAGGGGAAGUUACAGCAGCAACAGUUCUUUUGACAGGGGAAGUUAAAAGGUAAGAAGGAAGAGGAGAAAGGGGGGUUUUUUGGUAAAGAGAAAGUGGGCUGCAUUACUCCUUGAGAGAGAGGGGAAGCAGAGAGUCAGGUUCUUACGUUCUUUGUUGUCUUUUCUGUUGUAUUUUCUUUGUUGUGAGUUUCUGGAUAGGUUUAGUGUUGUCUGAUGUUUAUUUAAAUUCAAAUAGGUGUAGUUGUUUGUUUGAACUUGUCUUUUAACUAUCAGUUGGGAUGUAUUGAUCCUUGUCUAUAAGAUCAAUAUAGUGGAUAUUAUUGUAAUUUUCUGUUAUAAAUCUUCAAUACAUAAAAACACUAUAUCAGUGUUCUGUCAAUUGGUAUCAGAGCACUGAAAUCUGUGCAUACUGAAGAAGAUGGCUAAGAAGGGAGAAGAACGGUUGGAAGUCCUCGAACAAGAAAUUUUGGAGAUGCGUUCUAAGUUCAAGGAAUUGCCAACAAUGGAAGAGAAUUUAUCCUUAAUUUCGAAAAGUAUUGGGAGUCUGAAUACACAAAUAGAAAAACAGCAACAGCAGCAACAAAUGGUUCUGAAAUACAUUGAGGGCAUGAUCCGGGAAAAAGCAACAGCAACAAUGGUUUCAGAAGGAUCUACGGGUAAUGAGAGAGGUUAUGAAUCAGUUAUAGAUGAACUGGGCGAAGGAUUGAAAACGAACCGGACGAAUGAGGAAGACAAAUCGGCUGAUCGAAAGAAAUUUUCAAUGGCACAGAUCAGAAUUCAUGGUUAUUUAGAGCAGAUCGUUUCUUCAAAAUCCACAGUUUGACGGAAUCAGAGAAGUUACCGGUGGCAGUAAUCAAUUUUGAAGGACCGUCUCUUUAUUGGUAUCGUUCACAAGAUGAGCGGGAAGCUUUCGUUCGUUGGGAGGAUUUGAAACAGAAGAUGCUCAUUCGUUUUGAACCAUUAGGGAUGGAAGUUUGGUGGGACGAUUUCUAUCAAUUCGACAAGAGACGAUAGUGGAAGAAUAUAGAAACAGAUUUGACAAAUUAUUGGCUCCAGUAGCUUUUUUGCAAACGGUGGUCAUAGAAGAAACCAUUAUGAAUGGGCUUAGCCCAUGGUUGAAGACAGAGGUAGAUGCUCUAGAGCCCGUUGGGUUGGCCCGAAUAAUGAAAUUGGCUUUGAAACGGAAAAAUAGAGAAAUUGUUCAAAAAGAAUCCGGGCUUGUGAGUGUUUAUGGGAGUAAAGUGCAGAAUAAUUUACCUAGAUUGAAAGAGAUCACCAAUAGCAAUGCGACAAAUGUGCAAGGUGGGGGAAAUGUGCCGAUGAGAACUAUAACACUUAGAGGAGUAACGGCUGCUGAAAACCGGCGGGAGGGUCCUACAAAGCGGUUAUCAGAUGCUGAAUUUCAGUCUAGAAGAGAAAAAGGACUUUGCUUUCUAUGUGUGGAGAAAUAGUAUGCUCGACAUCAUUGUAAAGCCAAGGAACAAAAAGAGUUAAGAAUGUUAGUUGUAAGAAAGAAUGGAGAAGAGUUAGAGAUCAUUGAAGAAGGCCUUGACGAAGUUGAGUGUGCAGAGCAAAUUAUUGAAGUUGGAGCAGAAGUUGGAGCAGUGGAGAAUCUUAAUAUCGAAUUGUCUAUCAAUUCAGUUGUAGGUUUGACCAACCCUAGAACUAUGAAGGGGAAGGGGAGGAUGAAAGAGGAAGAAGUAAUGGUUUUGGUAGAUUGUGGAGCUACCCACAAUUUUAUUUCUGAGAAGUUGGUAUCUAAAUUGAACUUGCCCAUGAAAGCUACUACCAAUUAUGGAUUCUGUAAGAGCAAUUAAAGAAAAAGGGUGUGGAAAGGUGGAAGUAUUGAUUGGGGAAUGGAAAUUAAUUGACAGUUUCUUACCUUUAGAACUUGGAGGUGUGGAUGUUAUUCUUGGAAUGUAGUGGUUACAUUCUUUAGGAGUAACUGAGGUGGAUUGGAAGAAGUUAACUAUGACAUUUCAGAUGAAGGAAAAAAAAUCAUUAUUAGGGGGGAUCCAAGUGAUGCAGUGACUGCAAAGUUAGAAUUCUGUAUGUAUAAUGCCUCUUUUUUUUUAUGUCUUAUUAAUGAAAAUGAGAAGCCUUUUUAUAGGCUGGAGAUUACAAGAAUUGUUAAACUAACUUGGGGUUGAGUUAGUUUAACUUGGAGUUGAGUUAGUUAUAACUAACUCAAGAUACAAAAUUGGUAAUUAAUCCAAAACUAUAAAAAUGGUAAUUCAAACCCCUCUUCUAGGAUAAAAUUCAAGAAACAUCAAGAAGGGAGAUGUUCUACAUCAAGAAGGGAGAUGUUCUACAUCAAACCCCUCCUCUAGGGUAAAACUCGACCUCGAGUGAAGAUUAGGGAGCUAAAGAGAAGGAAUCUGGUGCAUAGUAAGGUGAUAAGUCGGCAACAUUGAAAGAUGGGCUGAUUCUCAUGUUUGCUGGGAGGUCUACGCGGUAAGCAUUGGGGCCGAGUCUUUCCAAUAUUUGAAAUGGGCCCAUGCUUGUUGGUCACUUUGGAGUGAUGACAUGCAGGUAGUCUUGACUUUUGAAGGUGCACCAUAACUAGGUCACCUACUUGAUAUUCCUUAAAGCGUUUGUGAUAGUUGGCGGCUGUUUUGUAGGAGUCAUUAGCAAGCUCUAGAUGACUCUUGACUUCUUGGUGUAGCUUGGAGAUACGUUCAGCCAUUGCUUCGGCCUCCAUACUGACAUCAACAACAGAAGGUAGAUUAGCUAAAUCAAAAGUUACCCAAGGGAGACUAGUGUAUACAACCUCAAAUGGAGACUUCCCUGUUGAGCGAUUUGCCAUGUGGUUGAAGGCGAAUUAUUGAGAAGAUUGGUUCUGUUGCUUAUAAGUUAGAUUUGCCAAAUACAGCGGCUAUAAAUCCUGUCUUUCAUGUUUCAUAGUUGAGGCCUUGGGAGACCACACACAAGUGCAGCAGCUUAUACCGUACAUAAAUGAAAACCAUGAAUGGAUGACUCAACCAGAGGAAGUGUUUGGUUACAGAAAAAAUCCAGCAAUCAAGACUUGAGAAGUGUUGAUCAGUUGGAAAGGAUUACCUCCGCACGAAGCUACAUGGGAGGAUUGCAGUGAUUUUAAACAACAAUUUCCUGAUUUCCACCUUGAGGACAAGGUGGAUUUGGAGGAGGAGAGUAAUGUUAGACCUCCAUUAUUAUUUACAUAUAAUAGAAGAAAUAAGGGUAAAAUGUCACGUGAGAUUAAAGACAAAAAUAAAAUAGAGGGAGAUAUCCCAGGUGGGCCCAGCAGAGCAGUUAUAUUUACAGGGGAAGUUAUAGCAGCAACAGCAGCAGUUAUAUUGACAGGGGAAGUUACAGCAGCAACAGUUAUUUUGACAGGGGAAGUUAAAAGGUAAGAAGGAAGAGGAGAAAGGGGGGUUUUUUGGUAAAGAGAAAGUGGGCUGCAUUACUCCUUGAGAGAGGGGAAGCAGAGGGUCAUGUUUUUACGUUCUUUGUUGUCUUUUCUGUUGUAUUCUUUGUUGUGAGUUUCUGGAUAGGUUUAGUGUUGUCUGAUGUUUAUAUAAAUUCAAAUAGGUGUAGUUGUUUGUUUGAAUUUGUCUUUUAACUAUCAGUUGGGAUAUAUUGAUACUUGUCUAUAAGAUCAAUAUACUGGAUAUUAUUGUAAUUUUCUGUUAUAAAUCUUCAAUACAUAGAAACACUAUAUCAGUGUUCUAUCAAAAUACUACUUUGACUCCUGUAUUUUCUAUCUUGGUUCAUUUUGGUCCUGGUAGUUUAAAAUGUUCAUUUUGGUUUUAGUGUUUUCAACUUUUGUUCUAUCUACUUUAAAAUUUCCAUUUUGGUCUAUGUAUGUUAGAAAGUGACCCCUUUUGCCCCUUAAAAGUGGGAAAGAAAAAUGAAAGGGACCAAAAUGGUUAGUUUUAAAAAGUAUAGGGACAAAUUGACAUUUUGAAAGAACAAGAAUCAAAAGAAGCUGAAGAUAUAGGACCUAACUUAGUAUUUAAACAGCUUUUCAUCAUGUUCAUGAACAUUUAAC